CGGCAUAACAAUGAGGCUGCGAGUCCAGAUCUUGCGCAACUAUAAAUACAUAGCAUCACCUUCAGUCACCAGCCUUUUCUCAUUACGAGUGUAGCUCAUCAGACCAUCAUCUGCGAGGAUGCGGAAUCAGAAACCCAUGCUACUUUUGAUCGUGACGUCUUUUGUGACGUUGAUCCUGAUCGACGGGCGAAUCGCGCGAGGACAGCACCAGUUCGCCAGGGACGCGCGCUCCGGGGCAGCCCGCUACUGCGGCAAACGGAUGGCCGAGAUGCUCAUGAUGGUUUGCCGAGGAGCCCUUUCCAAGCGGACCCUGCAGAAACUAGACAAUGAGUAUCAAUCUCUAGGCGAUGAAACUGACACGAGAUUGAAUCUAAGGGAGUUGGACUAUCCGGGGGCUUUAUUUGGACAGUUCUACCCGAACGAGUUCCAAAUCUUUAACAAGGCCAAGGCGCUCUCUACCAUCAAUGACGAGAACUUCCGGAGACGUCGUCGUGGGAUUGUGGAGGAAUGCUGUUACAACGCUUGCUCAAAAGAUGAUCUAAGAUUGUACUGCGCACAUUUUAAAUAAAUCCAAUAUCAUAUUUGAAAAUUAAUCCUGAAACUAGAGACUCAAAUUUCCAGUCUGUUUUAGCUGGUUAGUUUAGUAAAAAGGAAAAACAAUUUAUAAAGAGAAAAAAUAACUAUAUAAUAAGGUUAAGUUGAGACAUAGGAAACUCGAUUAAAAUCGUCGCUCGGGGCUCGGCUACAGCAGCGACUCUUGAAAGCUGGCAACACUGUAUUUCCUUCGAUUCAAUGGCGUGGCGUGAUUUGCGAUAUAUCGAUUAAUCUUCCAUUUAAACCUAUGGAAAAGAAUCUAUAAGCAGGGCGUUUGUGACGAACACCUCAAUAUUCGAUUCUUUACUAUAGCUUCAAAUGGGGAAAUAUCUAUAAUCGAUUGUUCACGCCUCGCCACUGACUUCGUUUAAAUGUGCGUAAAUCAAUCGAUUCUGGGUGAGGCAGCUUGCCUUAAAAUUGAUAUUUUUGAUGGAUCUAAAUGAAGGAAAGCAGCGUUGCCAACUUGCAAAAUCGCCACUCGGCAGACAAAAGGGCGUAUUUUCAUUUUGAAAUGGGCUUUAUUGAGCAUUGAGUUAAAUGGAGGACGGGGCUCAUUGCAAAGAGUAGUUAAGCCCUUAUGUCAGGAGGGCGAUGAGAUAGGGCGUCGUUUUAUAUGUUAUAAGUACUUUGUGAUAAUUGAAUUUGAUUCAUUUAACAUAUUACGUAUGUUUUGUAGGUAGGCGGCAUGUAUAUUUUAGCUUAUAAUCUUUUGGAAGUGCAUUAAAUAUUUAUUUUAAGAAUG